GUCUGGAAGAAGCCCAACGGCGCAGAGUUCAUGACGAAAAAGAUCAAAUCGAUGACAGCGCCCUGCAGGCCCUCUGAUGACUGCGACGACACCGCACGCCCCGCGGUGAAGUUCAAGAACACGGACGGCUCCGAUGACACGUACACGAUCGAGACCAUCACGGUUGGCCAGAUGACGAAGAGGCCGACCACAGGAGAAGUUGCAUCUAAUGGUUUGGACAAAGUUGCAGAGUGGAACGUGAACACGUUCGACGGGGGGCUUGUCUUGAGGUGGAACGAGGAGAAGGAGAAUAAGGAGAAGGGCCGCAACAGCGACAUCGGCACGCGGCAGAUCACACAGGUUGCGACGACGGACUCUGAUGCACAUGAUGUGCAGAAGGCCGAGACGUUCUUGAGAGAGCCCGGCGACGGAUUCGCACGCGGCAAGCUGGGCAGGGAUUCCGCCGAGAGCAAGGCCGAGGCGAAGAAGCGCAAGGACUGCUGGCAUGCCGCGACCUUCCCGAAGGAGAAGACGGAGAAGGUGGCCGUGAAGCGGCCUGCUGCGGCGACCACAGGCGACAUCCAGCCGAAGAAGGUUGCCAAGCAGACGGGCGCCCAGACGACCGAGAUGGCCUCCAAGCCCGCGGUGCCCGUCGUGGAGCCCGAGCAGGCCUGCCCCGUCACGCCCGUCAAGGGCGUCAGGGCCAAGCAGCGCGCGGGCGCCACUUUCAUCCCCAAGGCCGCGGCGAUCUCGGAGGAUUCCGAGUGA